GCACACUCGCACUUUCGGAUUUUCGGACUGGGACUCGCAGGAUUGGAGGCAACGAGAGCACUCGCAGUCGUUUGUGAGCGUUCGCAGCGCCAGCAAAGUGUUAAACGAAAAGCGAACCAAGCAAAUACAAUUAACCAGAACUGGAAGCACGUCAGUCCAGCCGCAGAAGCAGCUAAGUUCACACCAAACUCGGAGAUUCCCAGCCAGGAGACAGGACAAGGAGCCAACCAGCCAAGAAGCAAAGGAGCUGAAAGGAGUGCGAACAAUGUGCGCCGCGCUGCGUCGUAAUUUGUUGCUGAGGAGCCUCUGGGUCGUCCUGGCCAUUGGCACCGCUCAGGUUCAGGCCGCCUCGCCGCGAUGGGAGCCCCAGAUUGCCGUUCUCUGUGAGGCCGGACAAAUCUAUCAGCCGCAAUAUCUUUCCGAGGAGGGACGCUGGGUGACGGACCUCAGCAAGAAGACAACCGGGCCCACAUGUUUGCGUGAUAAAAUGGAUUUGCUUGAUUACUGCAAGAAGGCCUAUCCCAACCGAGACAUAACCAACAUCGUGGAGUCAUCCCACUACCAGAAGAUCGGAGGCUGGUGUCGCCAGGGAGCUCUGAAUGCGGCCAAGUGCAAGGGAUCCCACCGAUGGAUCAAGCCAUUCCGCUGUCUCGGACCAUUCCAAUCUGACGCCCUGCUGGUUCCCGAGGGCUGUCUGUUCGACCACAUCCACAACGCCUCCCGAUGCUGGCCAUUUGUGAGGUGGAACCAAACCGGAGCAGCCGCUUGCCAGGAGCGCGGAAUGCAGAUGCGCAGCUUCGCCAUGCUUCUGCCCUGCGGCAUCUCGGUCUUCUCCGGCGUGGAGUUCGUCUGCUGUCCCAAGCACUUCAAGACCGAUGAAAUCCACGUGAAGAAGACCGACUUGCCAGUGAUGCCGGCAGCUCAGAUCAAUAGCGCCAAUGACGAGCUGGUAAUGAAUGACGAGGACGACAGCAACGACUCAAACUACUCGAAGGAUGCCAAUGAAGACGAUCUGGACGAUGAGGACGAUUUGAUGGGCGAUGAUGAGGAGGAUGAUAUGGUUGCGGAUGAGGCAGCUACCGCAGGCGGAAGCACUGGAUCCGCCGGCGACUCGAAUAGCGGAUCAUUGGACGACAUAAACGCGGAGUACGACAGCGGCGAGGAGGGCGACAACUACGAGGAGGACGGUGCUGGUUCCGAGAGCGAGGCUGAGGUCGAGGCCUCCUGGGAUCAGAGUGGAGGAGCCAAGGUCGUGUCCCUCAAGAGCGAUGCCUCGUCCCCGUCCAGCGCUGCGGCUGCUGCUGCGGCUGCUCCCGCCCCCGAGAAGGCGCCUGUGAAGUCCGAAUCGGUCACGAGCACUCCUCAGCUAUCCGCCUCUGCCGCUGCUUUUGUAGCUGCCAAUUCUGGAAACUCGGCAGCUGGAGCUGGAGCCGGAGCCGGAGCCCCACCAUCCACGGCACAACCCACUUCGGACCCCUACUUCACCCACUUUGAUCCGCACUACGAGCACCAGAGCUACAAACGCCUUGAGGAAUCGCACCGCGAGAAGGUCACGCGCGUGAUGAAGGACUGGUCCGAUCUCGAGGAGAAGUACCAGGACAUGCGCCUAGCGGACCCCAAGGCAGCCCAGUCCUUUAAGCAGCGGAUGACGGCUCGCUUCCAGACUUCUGUUCAGGCACUCGAGGAAGAAGGCAACGCCGAGAAGCACCAGCUGGCCGCCAUGCACCAGCAGCGCGUUUUGGCCCACAUCAACCAGCGGAAGCGCGAGGCCAUGACCUGCUACACCCAGGCCCUGACUGAGCAGCCCCCGAAUGCCCACCACGUUGAGAAGUGUCUACAGAAGCUACUGCGCGCCCUGCACAAGGACCGGGCCCACGCCCUGGCCCACUACCGGCACCUAUUGAACUCCGGAGGACCUGGCGGACUGGAAGCUGCUGCUUCGGAGCGUCCACGCACACUGGAGCGCCUCAUCGACAUCGAUCGUGCCGUCAACCAGUCGAUGACCAUGCUCAAGCGCUAUCCAGAGCUGUCGGCCAAGAUUGCCCAGCUGAUGAACGACUACAUCCUGGCACUGCGCAGCAAGGAUGACAUUCCCGGCUCCUCGCUGGGGAUGAGCGAGGAGGCGGAGGCCGGGAUUCUGGACAAGUACCGCGUCGAGAUCGAGCGCAAGGUGGCCGAGAAGGAGCGACUGCGGCUGGCGGAGAAGCAACGCAAGGAGCAGCGUGCCGCCGAGCGGGAAAAACUGCGCGAGGAGAAGCUGCGCCUGGAGGCCAAAAAGGUGGACGACAUGCUCAAGUCACAGGUGGCCGAGCAGCAGUCCCAGUCGACCCAGUCGUCAACCCAAUCGCAGGCGCAGCAGCAGCAGCAGGAAAAGAGCCUAGCCGGCAAGCAGAUGGGUCCCGACGGAGCCCUGGUCACAGCGGCCAAUCCCAACCUAGAGACCACCAAAAGCGAGAAGGAGCUGUCGGACACUGAGUAUGGCGAGGCAACAAUGAGCAGCACCAAGUUGCAGACCGUGUUGCCCACCGUCGACGACGAUGCCGUCCAGCGGGCGGUGGAGGACGUAGCCGCCGCCGUCGCCCACCAGGAGGCCGAGCCGCAGGUGCAGCACUUCAUGACCCACGACCUGGGCCACCGCGAAUCGAGCUUCUCGCUGCGCCGCGAGUUCGCGCAGCAUGCGCACGCGGCCAAGGAGGGCCGCAACGUCUACUUCACGCUCUCCUUCGCCGGGAUCGCCCUGAUGGCGGCCGUCUUCGUGGGCGUGGCCGUGGCCAAGUGGCGAACAUCGCGCUCGCCGCACGCCCAGGGCUUCAUCGAGGUCGACCAGAACGUCACAACACACCAUCCCAUCGUGCGCGAGGAGAAGAUCGUGCCCAACAUGCAGAUCAAUGGGUACGAGAAUCCGACCUACAAGUAUUUUGAAGUGAAAGAGUAAGCGAGAUGGCAGCAUGGGCGCGGCUGACAAGAGCGAGCGAGUGGCACACAUCAACAACAACAACAACAGCAAAUGCAAAAGCAACAGAAACAGCAGCCACCGCGAUUUCAAAAUGGAAAAACUUAAGCGUAAUAUUAAAGCAGAUGGGAAGAGAAAUGAUUUUUUUUUCGUCAAAAGGAGCGCAGUUUCAAUAAGGAAGAAUGGAAGGGUAGAAGAAGAAAGAUAAAUUCAAUAAAUGGUAAUAUAUCUAUAUAUUAAAUUAAAGCAAGCAAGCAGAAAGGCAACAAUAUAAAGCAAGCAAUUAAAUUUAAGUAUUUGAAUGUUUAACAAAACGCCGUAAACAUCCUUUCCAGCUCUCUCUUUCUCCUCCCCUGUCUCCGUCUCUGUCUCUGUCCCAUCACCACACCCCCACAAGCACACAAUCACACUCACAGACACAUCCUCUCACUUUGUGAUUCUUCUUGAGCGCCAAAGCUCUCAAUCAAAGAUCACACUCGCAGCCGAACGAAUAACGGUGGAGCAGGGAAGGGGAGGAAGGAGAAGAGCGGAAGAAGAGCAAAACAAAAGAUAUUCCUAGUAAAUAAAUUGUCAACACACACACACGCCCACAUUCCACUCACACAACACUGUCGCAGUCACAGUCACACCUACACUGUCAGGAAGACACAGACUAAGACACAAACGCAUUCAUGCCUGCUUCGUAGCAUAUUUUUGAGCGUUUCGUGGUGCUAGAAUGCUUGCAAGCCUUGCGAUUCUUACCAAAAACUUGCGCCAUUAAUUAGAGCGGCACAAAGAGCUAGAAGAGGAGAGCAGGAGAGCAGGAGGCAGAAACACCAACACACAGACACAGAAUCUCUCACACUGAGACACUUGUGAACCCAAGAGCUACCUACGCGUACUAAUCCCUAUACGAUCGUGCAUAUGCGCUUGUGUAUAUGUCGAACUUUCUCUCUGUGUGAGCCACACACACACACUCACCAGAGAAGGAAACACACAAGCCACGCAAACACAACAAGUUAUACCCACACACACACGCAAAAUAUAUACAAAAUAUUUACAGCAGAAGAAAUGUCCAUAAAUGUAUUUAUGUAUCUAUACACGAGCCACACAAACCAAAGGUCGAAGGUCGAAGGUCAGCCAGCUAGGGAAGAACGACGACGCUUGGCGGGCUUUGAAUAUAAUAUACGAAUCAGCUAUGUAACAGAAACAAUGCAAAACGCUAAGCUAAUUGCAGACAGAAACAAAAGAGGCAAAAACCAAAUAUUAAAACGAAAAGCGAACAAAUUUUAGAACUUUUUCUGCAUAUUUUGUGUGUAAGUCGAUGGUCGAACAAAAACCAGAACAAAAAGGAUUUCUCUCUUUUUUACGUACAUUUUCACCGAAAAUACAGCACAAAACAAGACAGCAGUCACACCUCACACACACAGCACACACAGCACACACACACACACACACUGAACGGAGCCCUUGAGCCAAGUAGAGUUGAGUUGUUGCAUUUCAUAUCGAGCAAUCAUAUUGCAUAAUUGCCUUAGAGCCAGCCAACUGCCGCAGAAAAGAGAUAAUGUAUCGCGAAAUCCAGGGAGCUCGCAGCUCGGAGACGGCACCACCACCUAGAGUGGACGCUCCGAAGAACCCGAGGCCCAGAGAUAAACCAAUUCGAAGCGGCUAGUUCAUUUCACGGCUCGAUUGCUUGGCAAAUAUUUGGCCUGUUUUGUUCGAGCAGCGAGAUACUGUUACUCAAUCAAGCCAAAUAAUCGAAAUGCUUUCCCCGCCGAAAGCCGACAAGUGGCUGCCCUUCUCAGUUCGAUUUCCAUUUACGUUUUGGCUUACGUUUAUUUUCAAUUGCGGCUGAUGCUGGCCAACUUCUUGGACUGACUCACUUCGGCACAUACUUCACAGGAAGUGAAGUUUCGGCCGAAACUAUUAAACGAGUUCAGUACCCAUUAAAGCUGAAACUGGAACUCAGAUCAACGCUGAGAUUUCGCCAAAUCGAUGUCGCCAAGCUCAGAUUUAAGCCGACAUUUGUGGCAUUUAUAUUCAGUUGCACAUCAGUUUCGGACAAUAUUUUGUGAUGGUUUUUAAGUUCAGUAUCCAGUUCUGAUUAAGUUCUGAUUUGAAUUGACCUAAAUUGUAAUGGCUAUUUGAAUGACAUGAAUGUAGGGAUUGUUUAGCACACUUUGCUCUAUCAAAGACAUCCGAUAUUGGCAGAUACUGUUACCACGUUUCAAAAGCAUGGCAAUCAAGGCGAAUCCACGGCGCUCCACGACACAGACAUAGACAGACACGUUAUAUAAUGUAUUACAAACAUAUAUAUAUUUCAAGAGGAAAAACAAAAUGGCAAAUCAACUACACAAAAAGCAAAUAAGAAGAAAUCUUACUAGUCAAAGCUUGAAUAUUUUUUAAUUUAUUCAUUAAUGCAACAAGAACAACAAGAAAAAAUGAAAAAAGUAUACAUAUAUAAAACAAAAACAACAAAAAAAGAAAAAACAAUUGAUAUUUACACUUAGUGAAGCAAAAAGCAAAACCAAAAAACAAAAAAAGCGAAAAGUAUAAGCGAAGAAAGGAACAAAAAAACAAAAAUGAUGCAAAUGUGUAAGAAAUAAACCCCGUCCUGCAUAAAUAAAAUUAAAUAAAGAAUAAAAUAAAUGGAAACGUAUAGAAUAUCAUAAAGUAAAGAAGAUUUACACAAAAAUUAAAUGCAAAACAAACAAACAAAAUACGAGAAAGCAAGAACAACAAAAUUAUAAUGAAAUCGCAUGUGUUUUUGUCGUAGUCUCAUCAUUGAAAACCAAGUGAAAAUAAAUAAUAUAAUAAUAAAACAAAAAGCAAAAACAAGUAAAUUGUAAUGAGAAGAAUACAGCAAAUAAGAGCAACAAUUUGUGUAAUUCUUUUAGUCGAACUAUGAUUUUUGGACGAGCAGAAAACUAAGUUGGAGAAAAGUAUAUAAAAAUUUAAAUAUUAAAUGUACUCGAAGACAAUUGUAAUUGCAACAAUAAUUGUACGCUACAUAUACUAUUAUUAAUGUGGAAAUAUUUCAGCAUUCUGUCCUGGCGAUUAAGCCCCGAUAUUUGAUCUUCGAUCGGCGGUCGGCGAUCUGCGAUCGACGAUCUUUGAUUCUUGUCGAUCUAUCCGGUUGGAUAUGUUGGACAUUAUUACACUAAAGCCGGGGGCGCAAGAAACCCAG